AUGCUGCCCAACCCGCAGAUAACCAAUGCCAAAUUGAACAGAUGGAUAAAGGUGGUCAAGCGGGAGAUGGAAUGGUUACCACCUGAGAUGCCAACUGAAGCCCGCCUGGUUUUGACUUCUGAGGGUAUAGGUCAUCUGUGUUCAAUGAUUGUUAAAGACAGUCUGUGGACCCGAUGCAUCAAGACCAGUUUGUUCUACAGCAAAUCAGCCACAGAGCCUCACACCAUACCUGUUGCAUUGUCAAAGUGCAAAAACAGAUCUGUCAUCACCGAUGAUUUCAACACUCGCCAAUGGGUGCGAGAUGCCCACCAGAACACAUACAAGCGGGCGCUCAGUCACGCUACCAUCUCGUACACAGACCAGUCAGACGAAGCAUUGGAGCUGUUCUUUUGUCCAUUGCAGCAGGUCAGGAACUUACAGGAUUUUAAUAACAUGAAAAAUCCUCACCUGUCUGCGCUCGUUGAACUGGAGGACACAUGGUACAGAAACAUGUUGGUCUUGAAGACGGUCAAGGAUAAGGUUGUGGACUUGGAACCAGACGCGAAAGAGAUGAAACUUUUUGAAGAGGUGAUAAGCAAGUUCUGUCUGGAUUACAUCGCGAGAUGGAAAUCGAACAAGUGUGGCAUGUAUUUGCAGCAGAACUUGCCGCCUUUCGGCUAUCCUAAUUACUUUUAUGCAUUGCGCAUCCCUAACCCUGAGCAUCAAAACCUCCAAGUGACAUACAUGUCUACCAAAUCGAAAAUUUUCCUCACAAAUGCAUGGCAAUUUGUCAGUUACAUGGAAUCUCUGGAAAAGGUGGAGAGCAUAGAGGGCAAGCUUGAUCUUGCGAUGUUGAUGUAUAGUCAGGUUUUGGCUCAGUAUGAGCAGGCCGAGCAGUCCUUGGAGCAAACGCAGUCUGAUCUGUUCCAAGCCAAAGUCGAACUUCAUCGCGCAUACCGCACUAUGAACAGUUUACAAGUCAAGCUCAACGAUUCGUUCAAUAUAAAUCUGGUCAUGUCGGACCUGGAGAAUGAGCUUAAGUGCAGGAUAUGCAAUAAAUUUCUGCAUAGAGCGUACAGUCUCUCAUGUGGAGACACUUUCCACCCUUCCUGCCUGUGGUGCUUGUUCAAAGGUAGUACCCAGGAAGAUAAAAUCCUUGCCACAGACAUCACACAAGAUAGGGGACUUCAGGUUUCUGCGUUGACUUGUCCUGCAUGCUCGACAGAGAUCACUCGGAAACCCGAACGUAAUUGCAAGAUAGAAAAGCUCAGUCAGAGAGUUAGCAAGGAGACCAAUGAAUCGGAUGGAGCAGAUUAUCGGUGGGAUUUAUUGUUUGCAUCCGCACAAACUUAG